AUGUCUCUCUACCGCAUAGGCGUCGACGUCGGCGGUACAAACACAGAUGCCGCGAUUCUUGACAUUCACGCCCUAGACCAACCUGGUCGAGGUGUUCUCGCCUCGCACAAGGCAUCUACGACGCCAGACAUCACGAGUGGCAUUGAAGCCGCCAUCGCCGCCAUCCUCAAAAGCUCUGCAGUAGACCAACGACGAGUCCUUAGCGUCACCAUCGGAACCACUCACUUCAUCAAUGCUUUGAUUGAGGCAGAUGCCCGCAGACUGGACCGCGUGGCAGUGGUGCGGCUAUGCGGCCCAUUCACGAGGCAGAUUCCCCCGUUCUCAGGAUUCCCCGUUGGUCUUCACGGCGUCCUUGACGGCGGCGCAUACUAUCUUGAUGGUGGUCUUGAAAUGGACGGACGCCACAUUGCACCUCUGAGCGAGGAGCAGGUUCGAGCUACGGCAAGGGAAAUCAUCGCUUCGGGAGUCAGAUCUGUCGCUGUGGUGGGCGUGUUUUCUCCACUGGACCACGACAAUGUCUACGAGGAGAGGUGCAAGAAGAUUCUGCAGGAUGAGGCGCCGGAGUUGCGAGUUGUUUGCUCGCAGAAUAUCGGACCUACGGGGUUUGUGGAGAGAGAAAAUGCGACUAUUCUGAAUGCUGCUAUUCUGCGGACGGGGCACAAGGUCAAGAAUGGGUUCAAGCGUGCGAUGAACCGCUUGAAUCUUACGUGUCCGCUUUUCUUAUCUCAGAAUGAUGGCACGCUUAUUGAUGCUGAUACUGCUGCGGAUUUUCCGAUCAAAACGUUUGCGAGUGGACCGACGAACAGUAUGAGUGGUGCGGCAUUCCUCGCUGGCUUGGAUAGAGAUCGUACGGGAAAGGCGCCUUUGGUGAAUGGAGUGGAGACGAAGGUCAAUGGAAAUGGAUUGCCAGACGCUGCCAACGGUGUUGAAUCCAGUGACCACGAGGUUGAGCCUCAAGUCCUCGUUGUUGACAUUGGAGGAACCACCACCGAUGUAUGUGCUCUUCUGCCUUCUGGCUUCCCACGUCAAGCACCUGGUUUUGUGGAAGUAGCUGGUGUUCGAACGGCAUUUUCCAUCCCAGAAGUUGUUUCCAUCGGUUUGGGUGGCGGUAGCAAGGUCAUGUUCGACCCAGAGUCUCCCGAGUCUGUGUUAGUUGGUCCCGGUUCCGUGGGCCAUGAGCUACUAUCUCAGUCAAAGGUCUUUGGUGGUCCUACGCUGACUGCGACGGACAUUGUAGUCGCAGAGGGAAAAGCUUCACUGGGUGAUGCGUCGCUUGUCAAAGAUGUGGCACCUGAACUUCGCGAAGGUGGUAGAAAAGGAAUCAACGCCUUGCUGGAGACCGUCAUUGACAAGAUGAAGGUGUCCACGGCGCCUGUUCAUGUUCUCCUCGUCGGCGGUGGUUCGAUCCUAGUUACCGAUAAGAUUGCAGGAGUUGACAAGUGCAUUGAACCCAUUCAUCAAGGUGCCGCCAAUGCCGUUGGCGCAGCUAUCGGCAAGAUAUCCGGUGAGGUUGAUACUGUCGAAAUCUUGGAGGGCAAAGAUGAAAAGGCAGUUAUUGCGGCUGCCUGCCAGAGAGCAAUCGACCAGGCCAUUGCCAAGGGAGCCAAACCCGACGACGUCAAGAUCGUCGAGGUGAACAAGAUGCCCCUUCAGUACAUGUCACAGGUCACGAUUCGCAUACAAGUUCGAGCAGUGGGAACUCUCGCCAUCCCCGACGAAAACACCUUAUUUGAAGCCUCCAAGCCAUGGGAAGGUGUGGACGGCGACGAAGACGAAGAUGAAGGACAAAAGGUCAGCGUGCCGAAUGCCCUCCACCCUACCACGAAGCCCUCCCUCGGCGUCGACCUGGCCACGUAUCGCCCAGAUGUGCGAAAUGGCGUGUGGUAUCCGUCUGAUAUCGACCUAGAGCUCAUCUCCACGGGUUGCGCGGUCUUGGGCACCGGUGGCGGUGGCCCAACGUACUACGAGUACUUGAAGAGUCUGCAGUGUCUGACCAACCAUGACAAGGGGCGCAUGAGAAUUGUGUCACCAAAGUCUUUGAAGGAUGAUGCUAUUGUGUGUCUUGGCUCGUGGUACGGCAGUCCGAGUGUGAUUAAUGAGCGGAUUGCUGCGGGCAAUGAGAUCGUGGAUGCGAUUAAGGCAGUGAACAGGAUUCAGCACAUUGAGAGUUUUGAUGCAGUGCUUGCUGAUGAGAUUGGUGGUGGAAAUGGUCUUUCAGCUCUGCCCGUCGGCACUCACUUUGAUGUUCCUGUGGUUGAUGCGGAUGGCAUGGGACGAGCGUAUCCAACGAUGUACCACAUCACCUUCAGCGUUUACGGCCACGAGAUGACACCAGCAGUCAUCACGGAUGCCCGAGGCAAUGCUGUUGUAGCCAUGGGUGUUGAUAGUCCGAAGAGAUUGGAGACGGUCUGCCGCAAUGCUGCUGUAGAGCUCGGUCUCACUUGUGCAUGUGGCACGAACCCAAUCUCUGGUGAAAUGGCCAAGACCAUCGCUGUGCCUAACACUCUCUCGCAAAGCUGGUACCUGGGACGAGCAGUUCAUCAAGCUAGGCGCGCAAAGACGAGUUAUACAGAUGCCAUUUUUGAUGUCUGUGCUGGACGAGUGCUCUUCACCGGAAAGAUUGUCGACGUCCAACGCCACCUCGACGGCGGUUACACCAUGGGUGCUGUUGUUCUGGCUCCCUUCACAGAUGAUGAACGUGAUGCCGAGCCCAAGAGCGGCACGCAAGCAUCUCAGUCUGAUAGGCACAUGAUCAUCCCCUUCCAGAACGAGUACCUCUACGCUGCGUUUUGCGACGACGCCGGCUCAGAGGCAUCGCAAGAGGUCGUUGCUACUGUGCCGGAGCUCAUUUCCAUCCUUGGGCAUGACGGUGAAGCCAUUGGGUCUCAGGAUCUUCGAUUCGGCCUGAGGGUAAAUGUGAUUGCGCUUCCUGCUCAUCCGCUGUGGAAGACGGAGAAGGCGAUUGCGGUUGGUGGCCCUGCUGGCUUUGGAUUGAAGAUGGCGCCGGUUGAUGGUGGUAUUCCGUUUACUGAGCCUCGAAGCGUGAUUGAUGAGUUUAAUGUAUGA